AUGUCCAUCGAAAAAUACUUCUUCAAGAAGUCGGUUGUCGCCUCGUCGCCUGCUGCCCCAUCGCCUGCUAAGGCCCAGGAGAAGGAGAAUGACGACUCUGGCUCUGUUCUCGACAAGGACACAGGCCUCAUCCUUCCUGGAGACAUAAAGGUAGCUUAUGAGAUCCGAGCUAACACUGACGUGGGCCCAGUUAGAAGUCUUCAAGACUCAGUGCGGGCUACAGCAAAGGUCCUUGGUCUUGAAACACAGGCCUCGACAUACAGAGACUUGGCUUUGGGGCUCAUCACUCCGUCAAGUCUCAAGAACAAGCUCGUGGCAUUCAUCGAUGCACCACACGCGCUUCCGGACAAGUCUCUUGUUCCUGUUGACGCGUUCCUUGGUAAGCCAAACAGGGACGAUUGGGAUACUCAUUGCGUGACAGUCAAGGAGUCCUGGCAGAUAUUUUGUGCAAAGGUCGACUCAAUUUCCGGGGGCCAAAUCGAAUUGAAGCAUAUGGCAGCACCAUCUGGGCCAGCGCACUCAAAAGUCGCCAUGCUCUGGCACUACCCGACCUUCACGUCAGGGAAUUCAGUGUACAGUCAUGUUAUGGACCCAGACAGUCCCAGUCUUUGGGCACAGCAAAUGGGCCUAGACGAUGGUAUCAAGACGCUCGAUAUGUUCCCGUUCCGCCUUGAUUACAACCACGACAAUGGUCCGGAAUGGGAAAAGCGGUUCGAUAAUUGGCCAGCCCUUCGAGAAGCUUGCCUAGAGCAUGUCAAAGAGAUCAUCGAAGAUGAUCGCCUUCUGGUGGUUGUUGGAGAUGAGAUCUGGCAAGAGGCAAAAUGGUUAGUCAAGAGCCGUCGCUGGACGCUUACAUACGUUGAGCUACAGGUAGACAUCAAGAUGUUCAGCGCCAAACCUAGGAUCUAUCUCGCCCAAGAUUUCCAAGGCAGGGUCCGACAGGUGCUGAUUCGAAUUUGGCAUGGUCAGUACGUAUAUCACAACAGCCAUGAAGAAAGGGGCGCUAUCUGGGAUCUCAUGUGGAACACUGCGUGUGAGAUCGCAGGUGUCGAGAUCAAGAACCCUGAACUACUGACUUGGGCAGCCACCCAUUUCUUAAGAAGCUCAUCCCAGGAUCCUGAAGUGGCUCAAACAAGGCCUGGGUCCUACACAGUCUUCAUGAACCUAAGGCGACGACAGAAUGCCGAAGGUCGACUGUUGUCCGCUGAAGAGAUUCGUCAGUAUCUGCCUGCCCUGUUUAACCGAUUUCCAGAGCUCGGUGACCUUGUGCAGCAGGCUAGUGACAAAGGACAUGCCGCUCUGUCCGCCGUCGAGCAGCACUUCAACCAGAAGUCUGUACAGACGCCCCAAGACAGAAAGAAUAAGCGUGAAGCCGAAUCGCCAGCUAUCGCUCCUCCGGCAAAACGAGUCGCUACCGACGCCAAGAAGAUCGAAGCUGCAGGAGCAUCCGCCGCUGCCCGAAAGACCAGUCAAGAUCGAAAAUAG